AUGGAAGAAACACAAAAAGGAACGCGCAUAGGGCCGCUGCCUGGGGGUCGCCGGGGCGCGUCUGGAGCUGGCGCUGGACGCGGCAGCAUGCGGGCCGCCAGCCGAGCGCGAGGAGCUGCACGAUCACCUAGCAGCCCCUCGCAUCCAUCAUCCCCACCAGAAGGCUUGGUGUCGGCUGGGUCUUCUCGGACCCAGCAAGCGGCACCCGCCGCUGGUGGAGCACGUCGCAUGCGUUGGACAAAAUCCAUGAACGAAAACGCAUUGCGGGCGUACUAUAGGGCGAAAGGGGAAGAAACUGUGGGAAUAGCGUAUAGGUCUCGGAUGCAUUGCUUUUUUGCUGAGCUGGAGCCGUCUAUCCCCGUCACGGAACAAAACCUGGCAGACCGAGUUCGGUACAUCAUGCGCUCGAAAAUAUUUGAUGAUGCCGAACUCGAACGACUACGACGUGAGGCUAUUCCGUCGUCGAAUGAAUCGGCUAUGGCUGGAGAUGCAGCUCCACAUUCGACAGACCAGCAUCCACACGUGGAAGCCGCCAUGGAUCUUCCAGUUGUGGUUGAUUCGAACGACGAUGAAAUAGUCUCCCACGAACUAGAGCAAAUGAGGAGUAUAUUGGAAGAGGCGAUUUUGGAAACGCGCAGCACCCCUCUCGAAAAUCGACCGCGACUUCCCCGCAUACCCUUAAGCAAGCGAAAUCGGGCUGUCGUGAGGGCUCUUAACCCAAUGCUGGUGACCUAUUUGGAAGCCAGCCGGGACCUUUGCGAGACGGACUCGAUUCUCUUUGGCGCCGCAGUGGCAGUUUGCCGUAUUAUUGGCGCCAAACUUCCCAUGGCUGGACGCGCUACUACACAAAGUAACGCCAUCCCAGCCUGGAGGAAAAGAAUCGAGGACCGUAUCGCAAAGGCAAGGGCCCUUAUUGGCAGACUGACAAACUUCAGGUCGGGUAAUAAUAGACCGAGGAUUAUGCGCACCGUUAGGAUGGCGUUUGCUGGGACAAAUAUCAGUUUGUCCCAGCCGGAUAUCACGCAGAAACUAACGGAGCGCAUAGACGACCUGAAGCAAAAGAUCGCUGCUUGGGGGAAGCGGAUUCGACGAUUUUCCGAGGGGUCAAGGCGGUUCAACCAGAAUCGUCUCUUCCAGAGUGAUCAGAAGAGGCUCUAUAAAUUAUUGGAGCGACCAAAGGUAUGUGUAGCGGGCCAAGGACCGGAUCAGGCUGACAUUAUCGCAUUCUGGCGUGGCCUGUGGUCAGAGCCCGUAAACCACAUUGAGGGCCCUUGGAUGGAAGUUGUGGCGAGCCAGGGUGCGAGUGUUACGCCUAUGGACCCCAUCACCAUAACGCCAGAAGACGUGGCUGAGGCGGUCCGUAGGGCCCCGAACUGGAAAAGUCCGGGGCUCGACGGGCUGCAUCAUUACUGGCUGAAGGGGUUCGUAGUGUGUCACGCUGUGCUCGCCCGACAGUUUCAAGAGGCUCUCGACCAGAAGUCACUCCCGAGCCUCUUCACUACUGGGAUCACUCACUUGGUUCCUAAAGAUCAAGAUACCACAGACCCGAGCAAAUACCGCCCCAUCACUGUUGUGCAGUGCCUAUGUGUGCAAAUAAAAAAAGGAGGGCAUAAGUUCCCUACAGAAGAUAAAAACCGAUUAAAACAGUGGCUUGUAGCCAUUCGCAGAGAUAAAUUUACUCCAACGAAAAAUAGCCUCGUUUGCAAAAGCCACUUCACAAAGGAUGAUUACCAGCUACCGAAGGACUCAGUAUUAGAAAAACCCAGGCCUGUGUUGAAAAAAUGUGCAGUGCCAAGUCGAUUCCCAUGGAUUGACCAAAAUUCUAGUUUGCAUCAAAAAAAGAAGGAGCGGCAUCAAAGGCGUUUGGCGCGAAAUGAAAGGAAAAUUAGUGUCCAAGUACACAUAAACAAUGAAAAAGAGAAGGAUGACACCUUCCUCAUGGAAACUACAAACUUUUUCGAAGUAGAAAUUGAAUUCGAGAAGAAACAGAAUGAUGUUGGUAUCCAAUGUGAUUUAUGUGGAAGUGAUAAUCUCAAAACACUUAAAGAAUGUCUUCAAAAUGAAAAUAAAAAUAAAAAAUCUUCAAUUGCAAAUGUGCUAGAUAUAACCAAUGCGGCCGAAGUACAGUUUUAUACUGGUUUCCAAGAUUAUGAACAUAUCAAAUUCAUAUUUAGUAUUUUUGGAGAUGAAGUAAAUUGUUUAAAAUAUUAUCCUCAACUGAAAACAUUGAAGGUGCCGUUUCUAAACCCUUGUGAUCAAUUCCUUCUAGUGUUAAUUAAAUUACGCCGGAACAUGCUAUUUACAGAACUCGCCUUUCGAUCGAAGAUUAAUAAAACGGUACUAAGUAACAUUUUCAUAACAUGGAUCAAUUACUUAUAUUGUAAAUUGAAAGAGUUAAAUGUUUGGGUGCCAAAACAAUGCAUAGAUAAAAAUAUGAAAUACUAUGGCAAGAUUAAUCCAUGCACUGUGAUAGUAGAUUGCACGGAAAUAAAAAUAGAGAAGCCCAAAAAUCCACUUACACAACAGCUUACAUAUUCCACUUACAAAUCAGCAAAUACUCUAAAAGUUUUAAUUGGGAUUUCAGCAUCAGGCUGCGUUACAUUUGUAUCCGAUGCAUAUGGUGGAUCUACGAGUGAUCGUGAAUUGUUUGAAAAAUGUGGACUUAUUGAUAAACUUGAACCUAAUGAUAUCAUUUUUAGUGACCGUGGCUUUAAUGUACAAGACCUAGUGUGCCAUAAAGAUGUUACAGUUAAUGUGCCAGAAUUUUUAAAAAAUACUGAUGGACAAUUUGAGACUUCUCAACUGACAAGGUCAAAAAAUAUAUCUUCAGAACGGAUACACGUUGAAAGGGUCAUUGGUUUGGCUAAAACUUUUAAGAUCUUAAGCGGCAAGUUGGAUUCAAAAUUGGUGCCUUUAGCAGAUAGAAUAAUAUUUAUUCCUGAAGACUAUUGCGCUGCUUUUGAAUCAUUAAUAUCUUUUGCUAUACCCGCUGCUCCACCAGCUAAUGAUCCUAAAGCUGACAAUCCUGCAAAUAUGGGAAUAAGGGGUAAAAGUCCUCCACACUUUGGAAGAGGAAUACAACGAGGUAAACUUAUUCCUUUUUUAUUACUAAAUAUGUUCUUUGCAGCUGUAUAG